AGAAAGAACAUAUAAAGAGCACUGAAACGCCAGAACGGUGCGCGAGAGCGAGCGGAUGGUGACAAACUUGUUCAUCCACUUAAAUAGCUAGUAGUUCAGAGCGAACCCGCUCACAGACAUACACACUUACACACAGACUGGCGCGAUUCAAUCAGUCUUUUUUAAUUAAAUGAUAUCGUUUUUUUUCUUAGGGGUGUGUCUUCCCUUUUUCAUAAUUUUUAUUCGUGUCAUAACGUUUGGUUGAUAGCUAUUAAAUUAGCUUGCUAACCAGUAAACUUAGGGGCACGAUGUGAAUUUGUCGUCAGCUCAGCUGUACGCUAUAUUUGUUUUUUUUUUUCUUCUCUUGUCGUGGAAAAUAGCUGAGGUGGGAGGGAGGUUGGGGCUGCUCACCAAAAGAGGAGGCGGCGACCAGGCAGUUGUGUGUUUAUCUGUGAGCCUACCGCUACGUUCGUGAGUGAGUGCCUUUUUUUCCUCCGUCGAGCUUGUGUUGCUUAUGAAUAAUUCAUAACUUUAAGAAGUGUCCCGACAGGAGGCGUGGUUAUGCAAAUAAGCCCACAGAUACUUGCAUAAUACAGGAGGCACGUUCACGUACGGUACGCAGGGAAGAGGUGGGUUUUUACGACGUACGACGCACGAACGUUUUUUCUUCGUCAACUUGCUUCGCUUUCUGGCCAAAGCUCAUGUGUAUGUCUUGGUGCAUAGCAAUCGGGUGUCAGGACUACAGUUGGACACUGAAGAACUAUCAGUUUCUUUGGUCGCUAGUGUGUUUUAUAGACCGAUAUAUGGGUGUUUACUGAUCCAUUAUAUACAAUAUACGAACUUGCAACUGUUUAGAAAAGCGGUGUGAAACGUGAAAGUUCCAGGUAGUGAACAAUAAAUGCCAGCUCCGUCACCUGUCUACGCACCGUCCAGCAGAAGAUGAUAGAAAUGUCAGUGGACAAAGAGACUGUUUUGCCAGGUGAUGUAAGAGUGGAUCCUGCAGCUCACCUGCAGCCACAGCAAGGAACAGAAAGAGAUGAUCGCUGUGCCCAGGGGCCCACAGUGGCGGAGGCUGAUAUGGCGACUUCCGGAAAUUCAGAUUCGGCGUCCACAUGUGCCGUGGUGGCGCUCACUGGGAGCGGCAUCCUGAUGGAGAGCGACUCGACCAACAGUUGUGGUCAUGCCGAAAGGGUGGAGCUUGAGGCCAAGAUGGCCGGCUCCCCGUUUAAGCCUAGAAACGGCCUGCAGCAAGCGGAACCGCAACGGCCGCCUCAGCCACCGAAGCUGAACAAACGGCGCAACACCAUGAACGUGGGAUUUAAGCAUCCCGGUGUUGGCAAGAGACGCCGACGGGCCAAUUCUGAGAGUGACCCGGUCCUGCCUACCAACUUCCUGCUUGGUGGGAAUAUUUUUGACCCGCUUAACCUCAACAGCUUGCUGGACGAGGAGGUGAACCGGGCCAUCAACGCAGAGACGCCCAAGUCUUCGCCGCUUCCGGCGAAGAGCCGCGACCCUGUUGAGAUCCUUAUCCCGCGUGACAUCACUGACCCACUCAAUCUCAACAGCACCGGGGGGGACGCCGGCAUCCUGGCGUCGCCCAUCAAGAGUGGGGGCCGAAAGAGGCAUCGCAAUCGGCACCACGGGGGAGGGGGUAACGCCGCCACCUCCGCCCACCCUGAGCCCUCUGAGCUGGAGAGCACAAAGAGCAGCGAGAGGUGCACUGUCGCAACUGCUGGUGGGGCAUCUGCAGCUGAAGGCGUAGUCCUGGAGGCCCCCAGAGAGGGCGCUGUCUUACUCAGCUCCAUGCCCUUGCUGGAGUCUCCGCGGCCUUACGAGCUCAACACUGUCAUCAACUGUAGGGAUACGGUAGUACCGCCUAUCUUGCCCCGCGGCACAGCCAGCUGUGGACCUGAGACAGCGAAAUUGGCUGCACCUCCAUCCCAGCAACUCAGCUCCCGUCAACGUAAACGCAGGCGAGCCUCCAGUAAGUGUGAGUCACGCCCGGCUGCAGUCACUCCCAACUCCUCGGCUAAGAAGGGUGGCAGUGAGAAGGGGCGACGGCCUGGUCAGGGUGCUCCUCAGACGUUUCACACCCCAUGCACCAGCACGGGGGGCGGACGGAGUGGACCGGCGCCGAGUCAGAGUCACCGGAAGCCGCGGCAGCAGCAGAAGUUCCAGUAUGGUAAUUACAACAAGUAUUAUGGUUAUCGCAACCCGGGCUGGAGUGAGGACCCGCGCAUGUGCGUCCUUCAGCCAGAGUGGUUCCAGGGCAAAGCCGUGCUGGACCUGGGCUGCAACACGGGCCACCUGACAUUGGCGAUCGCCAAAAACUGGCGGCCGGCACGCAUCGUCGGGCUGGACAUCGACAGCGCGCUGGUGCAUGCUGCUCGGCAGAACAUCCGGCACUACCUGUCCGAGGUGCAGGCCCAGCAGGCCCGCAGGGCGGUCCGGGAGGACGCUGGCGGCAGCCACGGUGACUCCACGGGCCGACGGGAUGCCUUGCCGGAGUCCCCUAGUGGCGGAGCAGCAAACAACGUCCAGAAAAUGGACAGACCUGACAAGAGUGAUAAAAAGACUGAGGCUGGACUGGAUGUGAUGUGGGUGCCGGAUGGUUCUACGAAACUGGCUGAGCCGCCUGUGUCCGUGGAGCGUGGAGACACUGGGGCAGUGUGUUCAGAGGAUAUGGAAGGGGUAGAAGGCACCAUGGAACCUGAGCCCCCGCGCAACUCUCCCAUGGAUGUGGACCAUCCUUUCCCUGUCUCCCUGAAGAUCUCCAGGGGCCCCAUCGCUGCCCCCCCUCUCCCAGACACUCCUCCCGCGGUCCCUGGUGACUUUCCUGCUAAUAUCUCCUUUGUGAGGGGGAACUACGUGCUCGACAACGACAUAUUGCUGCACGCCCAGAAGCCGGAGUAUGAUGUCAUCCUGUGCCUGAGCGUGACCAAGUGGGUCCACCUGAACUGGGGAGACAGCGGCGUACAGCGCCUCUUCCACAGGGUCUUCCGGCACCUGCGGCCCGGCGGACUCUUCAUCCUUGAACCGCAGCCGUGGGGCUCCUACGGCAAGAGGAAGAAGCUGACUGACGCCAUCUUUAAGAAUUACCACAGUAUCCGCUUCAAGCCCGACCAGUUCAGCACGUAUCUGACGUCGGAAGUGGGCUUCUCCAGUUACGAGCUCAUUGGGACGCCCAAGAGCUCCUCCAGAGGAUUUCAGAGACCAAUUUACCUGUUUCGCAAAGGGCCAUCACCUCCCAGGAAGUGACCCUGUUUCUGUAGUGACUGGCGGGGAGACGGUGAAGACUCCUGCCUGGAUACGAAGGAAGCGGCCUGACCUUCGCUUUGGGGCACGCAUUCGGAGCUGCGUCGACGUUACCGUCAUGCGAACGCGUGGGGUGGGCAGGGGUGUUUUGAGCAGGGAGAUCGUCAAGGAAACGGACAAGCUGUUUACGCAGCUGCACGCUGAUCUGCGAACUGAACUUAAACAUGCGUACACACACAUGAACUAAAAAAACAAAAAAAAAAAAAACACACAAUGGUGUGGUGUUAUAGUGUUUUGCUCCCAUUCAACCGUUCCUGUGUCAAAAGUGCAGCUAAGAGUCUUUCUCUUUUUUUCCUGGUGGGGGGGGAAGCGGUUCGGUCUCUUCCUCCCGUCUGCUGCCGACUGACACCUGCAUGUGAUGCCAAAGACUUUCAUUUGUAGGACGCUUGCCAAGCGGAGUAGCAGCGGAGUCCACAUGCUCCUAGUCUGCCGUCUGAGGUGCAAGGCCGCAGGGAAUGUUCAGCUAGGUUGGCACUAGGAUAAGACUUGAGUGGAUAUCAAGAUAAUAGCCCCCGACCUUCACCAUCCCAUCUGUAGUACAGACGGCCGCCGUGUGAAUUCCCAGCUGCAGCCGAUUCUGGACCUUGCCCAGAUCCCUUCACGCCGCAUCCAGUUGAUUUGGACACAAACGCCCAUGUGAGAGAGAGACUUGGGGGCAGUCAGUGCUGUGUCAGAUUCUGAUCAGACGUCCGAUUCUUAUCUUGCACCUUUUGUAGGACUUCGUUUGGGAUUCCGAUAUCUGAGAGAUCCUUUCCGAUCUUGACCUUCCGAUGGGAGGGAGGGUCUGUGUUUGUUCCCCUCAUCUCUCUCUCUCUCUCUCUCUCUCUCUCUCUCAUUCUUUCACAAUCAUAUCCUGGUAUUCUGAUAUACCCCACCCCCCCGUUCAGGAGGCAGAAGACAUUGAUUAUGUGUUCUGGUGUGAGAGCAGCAGACUAUAGAUGGUUUUUUUUUUUUUAUGUUUUUUUUUUUUAACUGUCCCUAGAUUCCUUGUUCAGCUCAUUGUGUGCUUAUCAAAGACUGUGUUUUGCAAGAUUAGAUUUUUGUGAGAGCACAGGGCCCAAGGAUGGGUGGCGAGGUAGGAAUGCUCUGUGCUAUGGUCUUCACCUACCUUGCUUUCAGGACUUGUCACAUGUACACACACAUAGUUCAGCUCUGGGAGUUGUGUUCUGCUAGCAAACAUUUGCUCAGAGCUGGUAGAAGAUCUUUAGAUCUCUGAACCUUAACUCAUGAUGCUGUCUUUGGAAAAAUGUUUUACCUGCCAUUUUUUUUUUCUUCAAAAGAAAUUCUUCAAACAGGCCUCCAAAGUCUGUCUUCAGUACGCCUGAGCACACAGUAACACAGGAUUGUUUUCAGAACUCAGUGCUGGGAUCAUUUAGGAUCUUUGCUGUUCACUAGCUUUUUUAUGUUUUAUAAAAUUGCACUGGUGCGAUGAGAGAACUUGCCCUGUUGUCUGUUGUCGAGAAGAACAGCUGCCAGUAGUUGCUGCUGACACCACUAUAAACAGUGCAUUUGGGUGGGGGGCUGCUGUUCUCUUUGCAUUUGGUUCUGGUUGUUUCCUUUUUAACCUGCUAGAAAUGUUUUCAAAAACGGACACUCACUGUUCUGCAGCUUUUCAAUGUUUUACAAAGUGAUGGAAGAAAAAAAAAUAAAUUUUUUCCCUAGU